AGGAGUCUGCUCCCAAUGCUGCCCCCAGCCUGAGAUCAUUGAUCCCAGCUCCCCUCCCUCUGCCCAGAAGGAGCCCCCAGCCUCAUCCUUGGUUGGGGAGGAGAGUCCAGGCAGUUGCCAUGCUGUAGUAGAGAGGGGCCUGUGGGGGGAAAAGGAAAGAGCUCUCUUGAAGGGAGCAUCUCUGAGGAGCUGGGAGAGAGACGCCUGUCAUGUUCGCCGAGCUGCUCUUCCAGGCUGCCUGUGUCUCUGUGUUCCUUCAAGGGGCCCAGGGGAGAGUCUACACAGGAAGGAAGAAACUUGCCAACUUCGCCGUGGAGAGACGUCGCAUCGGACCACAUGUUUGCCUCUCUGGUUUUGGAAGCGGAUGCUGCCCUGGGUGGAUACCAUCUCCAGGCAGCGGACAGUGCACUAUGCCUCUUUGUUCCUUUGGCUGUGGAAGUGGCUUCUGCAUCGCUCCCAAUGUCUGUUCCUGCAGGGAUGGAGGGCAGGGCAUUACAUGCCAAGACACUCCUGGUGCCUGCGGAGAGUAUGGCUGUGACCUUGCUUGCAAUCACGGAGGUUGUCAGGAGGUGUCGCGGGUGUGUCCAUUGGGGUUUUCCAUGACUGAGACAGCCAAUGGUGUACGCUGUGCAGACAUUGAUGAGUGUCUGAGUGCCUCCUGCGAGGGACUUUGUGUGAACACAGAAGGUGGCUUUGUAUGUGAAUGUGGCCCAGGAAUGCAACUCUCUGCUGACAGACACAGCUGUCAAGAUACUGAUGAGUGCCUAGCAACACCCUGUCAGCACCACUGCAAGAACAGCAUGGGCAGCUAUCGAUGUUCCUGCCAUUCCGGCUUCUACCUGCAUGGCAACCAGCACUCCUGUGUGGAUGUGAAUGAAUGCCGGCGACUCAGUGAGAAGCGAACCUGCCAGCACUCCUGUCACAACACGCUCGGGAGUUUCAUAUGCAGCUGUCGCCCAGGCUACCGGCUCAGUGUGGACAGAGUGUCCUGUGAAGGUUUUUCAAAGACCAGCCUGGCCCCGUCUCCUAUCUUGCAGUCUCUCCAGCACCCACCAACUCUCCUGCGCUUUUCUCCGGAUUCGGUGGCACCUGCCGUGCCCCCUAUGGGCUCUGCUCCAUCCCGAGCACCCGCUCCCCACAUGGCACUCGGGACUCUGCCUCCUUCCCGCCUCCUUCCCACUCUCCCUGUGCUCCCGCCUGCAGCUUCUCCCACCCCUUCAUUCCCUCCACCCAGUUCCUCCCUUGGCGCACCCUUCUUGCUAAAGACCGCCAGGCCCUCCAGGAUGGAGAGCCCACUGCCGCCAUCGCUGCUGCGGGAGGAGAUGACGACGCUCCCUCCCACAAGUCCUUCUGCUCCAGGGGUUUCCUCCACAGCCCUGCCUUCUGCCUGCUGGCGUGGAGGAAUUUUUCAUAAGAAUGGCAGCCACUGGGUGGAGCCAGGGUGCCUGAACUGCUCCUGUGAGGGUGGGCAAGUGCUGUGUGGAGCAGUGAUGUGUGAGGUUGCUUGCUCCCACCCGGUUCCUCCAGUGGAGGGGGAGUGCUGUCCUAGCUGCACAGGCUGUUUCUAUUAUGGGACCACCAGAGCUGAGGGGGAUGUCUUUUCUCUUUCUGAGGAGAACUGCACAAUCUGUGUCUGCCUGGGAGGCAACGUAUCCUGCAUCUCUCCAGAAUGUGCACCCACGCCAUGCCACAGUUCUGUUCAGACCGACUGCUGUCCCUGCCAGCCAGCUGAGUGCCAUUUCCGCGGCCAGACAUACCCAGAGGGGGCUGAGUUCAGCCUGGAUGGCGAUGACUGUACCACCUGUGUGUGCAGGCAAGGUGAAGUUGAGUGCUCCUUCACUCCUUGUCCCACUCUGGACUGUCCCCGAGAUGAUUGGCUGUUGGCCCCAGGGCAGUGCUGCUUCACCUGCCGAAAGGCUGCACCCAUGACAGGUUGCUUUGUGGAUGACAAUGGAGUUGAAUUUCCAAUUGGACAGAUCUGGUCACCGGGUGAUCCCUGUGAGUUAUGCAUCUGCCAGGCAGAUGGCUCAGUGAGCUGUAAGAGGACAGAGUGUUUGGAGACAUGUCCUCACCCAAUCCGGAUCCCUGGGCAGUGCUGUCCAGAUUGUUCAGCAGGCUGCACCUAUGCAGGAAGGGUCUUUUACAACAAUGAGACAUUCCCCUCUGUCUUGGACCCCUGCCUAAGCUGCAUUUGUUUGCUAGGCUCUGUGGCAUGUUCUCCUGUGGACUGUGUUGUCUUUUGUACAUAUCCUUUCCACCCAGAAGGAGAGUGCUGUCCAGUUUGUCAUGAUUGCAAUUACAAAGGGAGGAAAGUGGUGAAUGGACACGUCUUUGUACCAGAAGGUGACCCCUGCAUUCAUUGUACUUGUCAGCUUGGAGAGGUGAGUUGUGAGAAGAGGCCCUGUCCAAGCACCUGUGCGGAGCCCUUUGGCCCCCCUACACAUUGCUGCCCCGACUGCCAUGGUAAUGAAGUUCCAGAUGAUGUGGCUUCACUGGAGAAGAGCCUAGCCAAUUCUCACUUGGAAGAUGGAGAAUCAAAGGCAGGCUUGCAAACCUUCCAGAGGCGUUCCAUGGACCCAAUAUCUGAGAGGAACUGCAGCCUCUGCACUCCCAUUCCCACACCUGCUUCACUUGGUCCAGACGUUCAUCUUGUGGCAAAUAAUGCAAGUGCUUGGGAGAUCGUUCCAAUGAGGCCAACGGCACCAGAGAAUGUUGGUCUCCAUUAUACCAGACCAGGACCCAUCAAGCUGCAUUUCAAUUGGCCACCAAGUGCCAAACCCCCUUCUUUUCAACUAGGCCAGUCUGUGACUCCUCAGAUAAGACCAGGGUCUCCUUUGCCGCUUGUAAAUAGCCCAGGAAACACCAGGCCUUCUCCUACCAGGCCAAGCUCUUUUUUCACUCUGUUGACUCAUCCUCGACUCCUUUUCCUCAUGACGAGGACUGCUGGGACCCCUGCACCCUCCAACACAGUUCCUGCUUCCACUCCGCUAAUGGUAGCUAACCUCACAGAGUCCAUCACCACCCCCUUUCAGCCUUCAGAUACCCACAGCCUUCCUCUGUCACCUCCAACAGAAACACUUUCCCCUUCAUUCAGCCUCAGUCCGGACUCUCAUCAGGAACUUCAAGAUGGCAGACCACCACACACAACAGGUUCACCCAUGGACCGGCAAACUGGGGGGAGCAGCCUUACAUUGCCCCCUGGUGGUGAGAAAAACCUCAGUGGCACUGCUCCAUAGCUUGAAGGAAAGACCAGGCCUGCUUUUGAACAUAAGAAACGUAACCACUUUUAACCUUAUAGGAGGUAGAAGAGGAUCUACCCCCCCCCCAAAAAAGGUUGCCACUAGUGGUGUGAACUGGCCCUGCUGCUACUUACCAUUGGCAGGAGCAACUUUCGCUUUUCUUGGAGAGCAGGUCUAAUUCGUAGGGGUAGUUAUUCAGCCCUAGCUACUGUUGAGAUGACAAGGCCUGUUUCUGCUCUUACCUAAGCAAUGUCUCCUUGGCUGUAGAGCAACAUGGGAUAAUCACCCUCCUUUUUUUGCAAUAUCAGUAUAAAGAUUCCAGCACAGCCUACUGCCCCUUCAGAAGACAAGUAUAUAUAUGGAAGGACCAAGGACUUUUUCUAAUUUCACCUCUUCUGCUGUGUUGCAGUACUGGCCUGCUGCCAGCAAGGGAAGGAAUCCUUUGCAUUGUAGAAGUUCUCACACCAGGUCUAGCACAGGUAUCCUGUUGCUGUUUUUGGACUUAUACGAGAACGUCAGUCUUCAGGGAUGAUAAUUUUAAAGGAAAGUUGGCUAGUUUCCAUUUCUUGCUUUGAUCCCAGAUCUACUAUUGUGUAAGGAGUUCUGAAAUUCAGAUUACAGUACACAGGAGCCAGAUUUAUGCAAACACCAAAAACAUACGUUUUGUCGUAGCUAAUUGUAAACAUGUCGUGCCCCCCCCUUUGAUAGGUAAAUUUGUAUUUUGAAAUUUAAAUUUCAACAUGAAUUUCAUUUUCUUUGCUGAAGCAUGGCACUUGCCAGCCUCCCUGAAAGUGGUUUGGUCCUUUUGGAUUUGUUUUAGGCUUUGAAGGUGUUUGCAACCAACUCGUGAAACUGGGGGCAGGACAGAUUUUGUUUAACUACCUCAGAGAGGUGUCUAAUAAGGAUGCAUCUGUACUGGACAUUUGAAACCAGACUAGUUGCCGUGGCUUCCCCCUACCCCUGCCCCAAACUCUGGGGAUUGUAAUUUUGUGAGGUUGCUAAGAAUUCUCUCUGGGCCCCAUUAUGAAACAGCACUUCUUAAAACUCAAUGUUUAGGAAUCAUGGAUGUCAAUUAUUUUUGGAACAUAGUUUGGUAGUUUGGAAAGUAGCUUGUAGCAUGCCCAGUGUAAAUCUAAUCUCUGCAGUCCAGACUUCAGUCUGUAUUACUGGUUCUUCUACCUCCCAUCAGGCAGCUGGAGAUGAAUGCAUUUUUAACUGAGGCUGUGCAUUCUGAAUUGCUGGCUUCACAUUAUGGUGAAUGUUUCCA